CCCGUCUGCCUCGCCCUGGUCCAGCUGCUCAGCCCCUGCUCAGCAGCUCAGUUUACUGUGGUUGGACCCCCUGAGCCCAUCCUGGUCAAGGUGGGUGAGGACGCCAAGCUGCCCUGUAAGCUGUCCCCGGGGAUGAGCGCGGAGACCAUGGAGCUGAGGUGGGUGCCACGCAGCCUCAGGCAGGCGGUGCUCACGUACGCGCGUGGGCAGGAAGACACGCCGGCCGCAGAGUAUCAAGGGAGGACUUCGAUGUUGAAAGAAAAUAUCACUGAGGGGAAGGCUGUUCUCUUGAUUCGCGAGGUCAGAGCCUCUGACAAUGGAACCUAUCGGUGUUAUUUCCAAGAUGGAGAUUUCUCUGCAAAUGCCGAGGUGGAGCUGCAAGUGGCAGCGCUGGGCUCUGAGCCCCACGUGGAACUGCGGGGCCUCGAGGCCGGAGGCAUCCGUGUGGGGUGCACGUCUGCCGGCUGGUUCCCGCGGCCCGUCAUCGAGUGGAGGGACGCCAGCGGACGGAGCCUGCCCGCGGAGGUGGCGCCUGCGGCCGCGGACCCCCAGGGCCUUUACGAGGCCACAGCGUUUGUGGUCCUGGAAGGCCGCUCUGAGCAGGGGGUCUCCUGUGUCUUCAGAAACCCGCUGCUGGGCCAGGAAAAGUCAGCCCGGGUCUCCAUCGCAGGCCCCUACUUCUGGGACACGCUGCCCUGGAGGAUAUGCUUCCUGUUGACCACGUCGCUGCUGGGGGUGCUCCUGGUCUUGCUCCUGGUGCUGUGGCGGAGAAAGAAGCAGCACAAAGCAGCGCUGGCGGAGAAAGAAGCAGCGCUGGCGGAGAAAGAAGCAGCGCUGGUCGAGAUGCAGCAGGAGCGAAGCGCUAAAGAGAACCUGCAGAAACAAAUCUGUAAGUCCCAAUCACGAGCCCUGCAUCUCCUGGUGUCCUUAGUGGCACCUGUCACUGACUCCUCCCGUUGUUCCCUGCAGGGUGGAGAAAGACCCGAUCCCAACCACGUGAUGAGCAGUCUUAGGCCUACGCAGGGCGAGAGGAGCCUGAAACGGGCAAACUCACGGGAGGACCGGCCGGACACCCCCAAGAGAUUUGACAGGAAUGAGUGUGUGCUGCCCUGUGAGAGCUUCAUGUCUGGGAGUCAUUUCCGGGAGGUGGACCCUCUGCCUGAGUCACCGGGUCUCCCAAAGUCCCUGCAGCUGCUGUCUGGCUCUACUGUUUACUGCCGGCCCCACCGCUGCCCAGCUCCACCCCGCGCCCCCAUCUCCUCCCCUCCCCCCUCGCCCAGCGCCUUGAAGGAGACUCCUCGGCUUUGGAAACAACCGGCGCGGAGCCGACUCCGGGACGCCAUUGGCUGGCUGGCCCGCCGCCGGCCAAUCCUGGACUCCGAACGGUCCCUGGAACUGAGACUCUGGUCACAGGAGGCACAGAGUCCCAGGUCCCCAGCCUCACGGACACAGUGA